CAGGGACGAUGAUUUCCAGAUUCAAUUUCCUUUUACCUCACAUUAGGAUGCUUACAAGAAGACAGGCGAAGAUUCAAGCUGGUGCUCUACAGGAUGGCCCUGCUGUCUUUAGGGUCACCAAGAGAAAGAUCACAGAGAGAAUAGAUGAGACGUUGAAGAAGAAGCCCGUAAAAGUUGCUAGAGCACCGAAAAGCUUGCCGUCCAUUCCGCCAGAUGCACCGGACCUUGUCGCUGAGGCAUCGGAAAUAGAAACCGCCGCAUCCGCGGUAGCCGCUCCGUCUGCUGCCUUGCCUCCGUCAGACGCACCGUUCGACUAUUCGACGGCGUUAUCUUACAUUUGUGGGCAAGAUCCGAGAUUAGAGCAAGUGGUGAAGCGAGCUGGAAAGCCUUGUAAGAUUUUCGAGAGCGAAGAUUCGGCGGAGCAAGGUUUAGAUGCUUUCAAGGCGCUUGCGACGGCAAUUAUCUACCAACAACUGAGUGGAAAGGCUGCAUCUACCAUUUUGCGCAGAUUCCUGACCCUCUUCGACGAAAAACUGGACCCUGCUGCCGCGGAGCGACAUCCUAAAUGGUUUCCGACGCCGCGGGCGGUCCGAGAUAAGGAGCGGCAGGAAUUGACUUCAGCAGGGCUCUCUCAGCGUAAAGCCGAGUAUGUCCAUGCGUUAGCGGAUCGGUUCUUGGAUGGAUCGAUAUCAACUGAGGCCUUGUUGCGGAUGGAGGACGACGCUAUUGCCGAAUUGCUUUGUAGCGUGAAGGGAAUUGGACCGUGGACAGUUGACAUGUUCCUUAUGUUUGACCUCAAACGACCCAAUAUACUACCUGUUGGGGAUCUUGGCAUACGUAAAGGCAUGAGCAAACACUUUGGAAUGAAAGGAAGUAAUGGUAAGAAGGGCUCGAAACAAAAGGCAGGUGGCGGCAUCUAUCUCCCGACGCCGGAUGAAAUGAGGGAGGCUGCGAAGAUUUGGGAGCCAUAUCGCACAAUAGGCAGCUACUAUAUGUGGACCAUCACAGAUACGAAGACAAUGGAGGAUGAAUGACUUGAGAGUUUGCGGGCAUUCAUUACUAGGAAUUAUUGUACAAUGUACAGGCACCAUAAUAGGCUUCUAGAGACAUAUUCUCAAUUGUAGAUUUCUCUCUAUACGUAACAAUCGUUUAGACCAUAACUUCUCCAA